AUGCACAGCAGCCCCGACGACAAGCUGCGGUCGCCCUCUGGCGCCUCGGCCGCCGGACGCACCCAGCCCGAGCUCGAGAGCGACUCCCACAGCGACGACGACGAUGCCGCCUCGCGCAGCGGCAAGCGGAAGCGCCUUAUCUCUGUUUCGUGCGAGAUCUGCAAGCAACGAAAGGUUAAAUGCGAUCGCGGCCAGCCGUCCUGCGGCUGGUGUGCUCGCAAUGGCGCGAUAUGCGAGUACAAGGAGCGCAAGCGACCAGGCCUUCGCGCUGGUUUCGGCAAGGAGCUGCAGGAACGCAUGGACAAGCUCGAGGCCAUUCUCAAGUCACAUUCUGAGAUUAUCCAAGCUCACAUCACCCCAAACGCGUCGGCCACGCUGGCCAGCAUCCGCAACAGCAAUCCGAGCUUGCCCAGUGAUAUUGGCACCCCACGGGACCAUACGAGCAUAUACAAGCCCUCGGAACCCGCCAGCACGCCACAGGGCGACCUGACUGCCUAUCCGCCAAAGACGAGCUUCAGUGCCGGCUCGCAGGGCGCCGACUUCAACCUCCCGUCGACGCCCAGCAUCCAUGACAGUCUCCGACCGCAGAUGCAUAUGAGCGGAAGCUCUGCAUCGGUCCAGCUACCGCCGAUACAGUCGAACCCUGCUUUGCACGAGUACUAUGGGUCUCAGACGCCGAGCAUGCAGCCGGGACCCGGCACUCUGCCUCCGCCUGGCGGAGUGUCAACCGCUGACCAGGACAUGCCUCCGUACGAUCUCCUUUACGCUUUAGUUGAUCUGUACUUCAAGCACAUCAACUCAUGGUGCCCGAUAUUGCACCGGAAGACGACCCUGGAUUCUCUGUUUGGGCCAUCGACGUUCCAGGAGACGGACAGGAUCCUCUUGCACGCCAUCGUGGCGACAACAAUGCGCUAUUCCACAGACGCCCGACUCACGGAGGAGCGGCGCCAGCACUACCACCGGGUUUCCAAGGAGCGCGUAUUGUUGUACGGGAUGGAGAACUCUUCGGUGAAAUCGCUCCAGGCGCUCGUCAUUUUGGCCCUCGAUCUCUGCGGCAGCAGCAACGGACCACCAGGCUGGAACAUCAUGGCGCUCAUCACCAGAUCCGUGGUGCAGCUCGGUCUCGCAGUCGAGACCAACUCCUUCAGUGUCUCGCCCAACUACAAGUCAAUCUAUACGCUGAGGGCCAUGGUUCUACCAGAACCAAAAGACUUUAUCGAGGAUGAAUCGCGGCGGAGGCUCUUCUGGAUGAUCUAUCUGCUUGACAGAUACGCGACGAUUGCAACGGCGUUCGAGUUUGCAUUGGCCGACAAGGAGAUUGACCGGACGCUGCCUUGUCGCGAUGACCUCUGGGUAAAGAACGAAAAGGUCGAUACGAAAUGGUUCAAGACGAGACACCACCACGGAGACCAGCCGGAGCAGGAGACGUCGCAGCCGGAGAACCUUGGUGCCUUUGCGUACUACAUCGAGAUUUUGGGGAUCUUGUCCAAGAUACACCAAUUCCUCAAGCAACCCGUUGACAUCAGCGCGUUGAGCGACGUGGAGCAGUGGCAGUUCCGGUACAAGGAGUUGGACAACGAGCUGACGCAGUGGAAGUUUAGCCUUCCCAGCGAGUUUGGCAACAUGUCGCGGCUGUAUCAGCCUGGGAUCGGCAAGAACAUAAGCUGCACCUGGAUUAUGCUUCACGCGACCUAUCACACGGCUGUCAUCCGAUUGCACUCGUCGGCAGCAUACCCGACGACCCGAUCGCCCAUCUUUGCGCCAUCGUACAGCGCCUCUCAGAGGUGCCACGCUGCCGUCGAGAACAUUGCCGCCUUGGGCGAGUUUGUCGUCAACAAUGGGAUGCUGUCUAAGCUAGGGCCCCCGUUUGCGUUUACCAUUUGGGUAUCGGCCCGGCUACUGCUGGUGCACGGCUCUACAGUCGAGCGCAACGUGUCGCCUCAGAUCAGCGUCUUCGUCGAGACCCUACGCGAGAUGGGGAGGUACUGGCCAGUGGCCGCCCGCUACUGUGGAUUGCUGCAGAGGGUUCUGGAUGAGUACGCCGACAGCGAGAGACAGGGUGGCGGCGUCACGCCGAGCUCAGUCCGCAUCCUGGCUGACAUGAGACGCACCGCCUUCGAUCUGGACUUUCUCAUUUCUCGCCAGCCUCGUCAAAGUGCGGCGGCACCGCAUCUCCAGCGUGUGCCCAGCUUGACUCCAGCGAAAACGCCGGCCCCGAACGAGCUCGAGUACCUGGACGUGUUUGACUUCUUCAACAUGCCCCGUCUGCCGUUCGGCGCGGACAAUGGCGGCUUGGCACCCGAAACGUCCAUGGAGGCGCAGAACGGUAGCUCUGGUCAGGUCAUCGGACCGCUCAACGAGUUCAACAUUACCAACUUCAUGGUGGACGCCAACAGCGAUUGGCUCUUCAAGCAAGAAGGCCCAAAAUUCAUGGCCUGA